GUUAAAGUGACGUUUCAAUUGUCAAAAGCUCCUGUCACCCGAAAUUUUUCAAAACAUUUCUCACAAAGCGAUUUUUUCUCGGUAAUUUUCGAAAAAUCGUCCUAAUUUGGGGUAUUUACGAUGUUGAUGAACUCCAGAAAUGCCGUUUCCGCCAUCUGGCGUGGCUUGCGAGGCAUCAGUUCUUCGGCGGUGCGUGCCAGCGAUAAUCUCUUCGUGCACCGCGACACGCCCGAGGACAACCCAAAUAUCCCGUUCGAGUUCACGAAUGAAAACAGGAAGCGAAUGGAUGCCAUUCUCGCCAUUUACCCGGAAGGUCAUAAGCGUGGCGCGAUGAUUCCCUUGCUGGAUUUGGCUCAGCGGCAACACGGAUGGCUCCCGAUUUCCGCCAUGAACAAAGUUGCGGAAAUUUUGGGCUUGCCGCCGAUGCGCGUUUACGAAGUCGCCACUUUUUACACGAUGUUCAUGCGAAAACCGACGGGAAAAUAUCACAUUCAGGUAUGCACGACGACACCUUGCUGGCUUUGCAACUCUGACGACGUGCUGAAUACGUGUCGCAGCAAGCUCGGAAUCGAAGUUGGCGAGACCACAAAAGAUGGGCUUUUUACAAUUUCGGAGGUUGAGUGUCUCGGGGCGUGCGUUAAUGCUCCCAUGAUGGCUGUCAACGAUGAUUAUUACGAGGAUUUGACCGCUGCCGAUACCGCAAAAAUUUUGGAUGACUUGAAAGCGGGCAAAAAACCCGCUCCGGGACCCCGAAAUGGAAGAUUUGCGUCAGAGCCGAAGGGGGGACUCACUUCGUUGACGGAAGAACCCAAAGGACCCGGCUUCGGAUUGCAACCUGGAUUGUAAAUUAGCGAAAAAAACAGAAAAAAUGCAGAGAAAAUUAAUAAAAUGUAAAAAAAUUUAAUCAUCUAA